GUUAAGGUACUAGGUGAUACGUAAUCAUUGUUGACGUGUUGUUAGUUCACAAGUAAAGUGGGAAAUUUUAUGAUAUAAAAAACUGAGUGCAAUUUAUUAAUAUGGGUGGAUCACAGAGUGUUGAAAUUCCUGGUGGCGGCACAGAAGGAUACCACGUACUUAAAGUCCAAGAUGGAUCCCCAGGCCAGGUUGCAGGUCUGGAAGCAUUCUUUGACUUCAUUGUGGCUAUCGGCAAUACCAGAUUGGACCAGGACAAUGAUACACUGAAGGAGCUACUGAAGGCGUCAGUUGACAAGGAGCUGAAGAUGGUCGUGUACAGCAGCAAGAGUCAAAGCGUGAGAGAAGUAACCAUCAUCCCCAGCACAUCCUGGGGUGGUCAGGGGCUGCUGGGUGUCAGCAUACGCUUCUGCUCCUUCGAGGGCGCCAAUGAGAAUGUUUGGCAUGUCCUGGAAGUGCACCCUAACUCCCCGGCGGAGGCUGCUGGCCUGCAUGCAUUCUCAGACUACAUCAUUGGAGCUGACUCAGUACUCCAUGAGAGUGAAGACCUGUUCACACUGAUCGAGGCACACGAGGGCCGAGCGCUCAAACUGUAUGUCUACAACACUGAGAUGGACACUUGCAGGGAGGUGGCUAUCACACCCAACUCUGGCUGGGGAGGGGAGGGCAGCCUAGGCUGUGGUAUCGGCUAUGGUUAUCUGCAUAGGAUACCAAUCCGAGGCAUUCCUGAGGUUGGCACCCCUGCGUCUACACUCAUCUCCCCAAGUCAGAAUGAGCAGACAAAGAAAGUCACUGAGGGCUUGGGUAACAUGAACAUCUCUGGUGCGAGUCCCCCGGUGACGACUAAUGUGCCUCCCCACUCUACUCCAGUGACAUCAUCCCUCCCCGCACCCUCUCCCAUCCCUUACACCUCCCCUCUCCCCCCACCACCCACUGCACCUCCUGUAGUCCCUGCCAGUAUGUUUCCUUCCCCACAUCCUGCCAUGCUUGGAGGCCUCCCUACUGUCCCUUCCUCCACCUUGGGAGCUGCCUUCAACCUUCCCCCCUCCACCUUCCCCUCUGCUCCCCCUACCUCCCAUGUGUUCCCCCCGCGUAGUGGGGUGGAUACAGUCGCUGCUGCCAGCGGAGUUGUGCCUUCUGUUGCACACAUGGCUACCUCGGCUAUCACACAACCGAGUAUACCAGGGAUGCCAGUAACAACUCCGAUUUCCCUGCCUGGCAUGCCUCCAAUCACAGUUAGUGCAACUCUGCCAUAUGCUACUCUCGAGGCCAUCCAGUCCACGGAACCUACCAAUCACAAGCCAUCCGUCACGGCGACGCAGUAAUUAGUGUUUUCUACUGUACCGUUCUUUAGGCGAACACUAUUGUGCUAUUUAUUUAACAACCAGUUUUGCUAAAUUUUACUGAAGAAACGUAUUAAACGCUCAAGAAGCUUUAAUAUUUUGUUUUCAAACUACGAUUUUGUUUAUGUCUAACUGAUUUAUGUUAAUGAAUUAUAUGGGCAUAAUAUAUCAAUUAAAUGAU